AUGUCUGCAUCAGCUUCGACCUCCCAGCCGUCAACAUCUGCCAAUGUCGGUGCGGGAGCCAAGUCCCACCACCUCCUGGAGCACAAUGAGGAGAAAAACAGCGUGGUGAUCAAGGUCGGGAUGGUGGGAGACUCACAGAUUGGCAAGACAAGUCUCAUGGUAAAGUACGUAGAGGGCAGCUUCGAUGAGGACUAUAUUCAGACGCUGGGCGUUAAUUUCAUGGAGAAGACCAUCACCGUCCGGCGAACGACUAUAACCUUCUCGAUAUGGGACUUGGGCGGCCAGCGGGAGUUCGUCAACAUGCUCCCGCUGGUGUGCAACGACGCCGUCGCGAUCCUCUUCAUGUUCGACCUGUCCCGCAAGUCCACGCUGAAUUCGGUGAAGGAGUGGUAUCGACAAGCGCGAGGGUUCAACAAGACGGCAAUACCGUUCUUAAUAGGGACGAAGUUUGACACCUUUGCAACAUUUCCCAGGGAUGAGCAAGAGGAGAUCACGAAGCAGGCGAAGCGGUUUGCAAAGGCAAUGCACGCGUCGUUAAUAUUCUGUUCGACAUCAGCGUCGAUAAACGUGCAGAAGAUCUUCAAGAUCGUGCUUGCAAAGGCGUUCGACCUGAAGUGUGUCAUACCGGAAAUCGAGGGCGUCGGCGAACCCCUGCUAAUUUACCAUGAUGUAUGA